ACAUAGCGAUAAUGAUUGAUAUGGAAGAAGUAGGGUAAAUCUUUAAUAUAGUUUCUUCAAAUGGAAAAUUAGUGAAAAUGGCUGAUUUACUUAGAAGAACUCUUGAAGAUUUACAAACUACCAUACAGGAUAAUCGUGUUGUUGAGGCAAAUUAUUUCAUCAAUGACCUGAGAUCUGCCUGCUUUACAUCGUCAUCUUCUUCAAAAAUUGGUUUGUUUUGCUCAUUGAUUUUUAAAGGCUCGAAGAGUUUGCUAAAUUUCAUCAAGAAAAUCAAUCAUUUACCAGUGUUCGGAAAAUGCAAAGAGAAAUGUUUGGUUUUCAUACAAGAACUUGUGCCAUUUGUGGGUGAUGAAUUACAUCCCUUCAUUGAAGACAUUACCAGUAUUUGCUUGAGUGUUAUUCAAGCUGGAAAAUUAUCUUCAAAUAAAGAAAAGGCUUUAUGUAUCGUAAUCAAGUUGAUUGAUCUUCAUCACGAUGCUCCACAAGCAAAAGCCAUUCGAGUCGAUAAUGUCCGGAAAGUAUGCAAUGAAGAACUGGCUAAGAGAUCGGGGACUACUUCUACCGUGAAAGGUAAUUGUUAUCAUCUGCUGGGUGUUCUUGCACAAUAUUUUCCUGGACAGAUGAUGAAUCACAGUGAAAGAUUAUUUGAUCUUUAUUUACGAGAACUGAAGAAAGAGAUGUUAUCCACACGAUCAUCAGAUUUCAAAAUAAUUGAGGGUUCAUUGAAAGGAUUGUCGUGUUUGAUGAUAAAUUUCACUAAAUCAAUUGAUGAAGAUGCAGAUGUAUGCAAGGAAAUAUACAAAUACACAUUAAUGAGCAUUCAACCAAAAACUGAUCUUAGCAGAUAUGCUGUUCCUUUGGCUGGACUUCAAGUAUUACAGAAGCAUGCAUCCCAGUUUGGUCAUCUGCUGACUGAUAAUUAUGAUGUCAUUUACACUGCAUUACAAAAGUGGUUUACUCAUAACAACAAUCAAGUCAAACAUGAAGCUCAAUUAGCCAUCACAUCAUUCCUGCAGCAGAUUAUACAAAAUGUUACAGAAGGUCUAAACGCAGAACAGGCAAAAAGAUUAUUCAUCUAUUUUAUAAACAAGUUCCAAGAGAUGAUUGAUAUUCCUAAUGCAAGUAGUAAAAUGAUAUCUCUUGCAAUACAAGGUUAUGGCUUAUUUGCUGGCUUAUGUAAGGAGUAUAUGCCGCCUGGUGAUGUUGCUAAGAUGUUUACAAUGAUGAUCGGAAGAUGUGAACGAAUUUAUCUCGGAGAAGCAGAUGCUCUUAGACAAACAGAAAUUGACGACAAUCAAUUGCAUCAGUUGCCAAGUUUUUUACAGUCAUUAGCAAAUAUUGUACGAGAGAUGAACAAUGAAGCAACUGCAAAUUCGGAAAAUCCAAGUCAGAAUACUAACUUCAUAAUUUCGGAAUCGUGUGAGAGGUCAUUAUCCCAUCUUUGCAUAUUGAUGAUCAGUGAAUAUCCUCGUCUGAAUAAAAAGUUUUCGAAAUCAUGUUGUGCAUCUCUGUUAGCUUUGAUGUCUGCUUUCUCAACUUGUCCAGAUGCUCAGUUUCGAUUUGUAUCAAAAAUAGUAUACCAAGGAUUAAUCAGAUGUUGUUGUCAUCAAGUUGUAUUGGGAGAUGAUCGAGAUGAUUCCAAUACUAUUUCAUUGAAUCAAGAUAACGUUCAAGAUAUUAUUACUGAUAGAAGAUCAUUAUCUUAUCGUGAUUAUCUCAAUUUGUGGAAAGGAUUGAUAUGUCUUCGACAAGGAGACACCCUGGCUUCUUUAUCCAUUGUUGAAAAUCGAUCAAAACGAAGAACAGUUCAAGAGUUGGUUUAUAAUGAAAUCAUCUCGUCUAUUAUCACUAUAUUCUCAAAACUGAAUUUGACACCGAAAACAUCAAUGGAUGAUUUACAAGCUCAAAUUUCAGCAAACCAAGUUGUAGAGAAUGCUUCUGCGGAAAACGUCGUUGAUUUCCAAGUUUUUGUGAAUUUGACUGAUCUGUGCAGAGAAUUGCUUCCAACUGUUACAAUGUCUGAUGAUGGCAAGGAAAUCACUCAGCAUGUUUUUUUAUCUCGUGUCAGCGAACUUAUAAAAGAACUAAUAAAACAUUCCACGAGGUAUCCAAUCGUCAGUGGUUUUUAUAAGUUACUUGCUAUAGUCAUGGACAUAUGUGAAUCACUGGGUUAUUUCAAAUCACCUGGCAAUACCUCAGUGAAUGUGGAUGCUAUGGAUGUUGAUGGUGAAAACGACCUAAAUUCUGAGAGAAAUCAAAAUCAAAUUUUAAUAAAAAAGUUUGUUUUGGAGAUAAUUUCUCGAUUGUUACAAUGGAAGAAUGAUUUACUAGCUUCAUGUCUGCUUUUUAUACUUUCUCUUCCAUCGGAAAUUGUUGUUUAUAUGUUGGAUGAAAUAGUACUUCCGUUACAGAUCACUUUUCGUCUUGGUCUGAGUUACACACAACUUGCUGAAGCUGGUCUAAAUGCAAUGGAAAAGUGGAAAAAACAAUUAUCUGAUAAACUGAUCAAUAAAAUAUCUCCAGUGUUGCCAGAUAUUGAACCUUUUCUUCAUCCAAUGGCAAAACAAAGUCUUUCAGAUGUGUCUUCCGUCAAUUUGAAAAAAAGUGGAAAAUCAAAGAUUUCAAAUUUACCUUUGAAAUCUGAUGUGUCAGCUCUUGAAAAGAUACAAAUCAGAGCGAUCAAAUUCAUAGGAAGCAUUGGUGGACUUGCACACACUGGCCUUAAAAGUGUGACUGAAGAGUCCAACUCAAAUUUAAUUGUGUGGGAUAAGAAUGCAACAAUUCCGUACGCAGUUCCAUUUCAAGAAUUGAAGACUGAUAUUCAACUGGAACUUUUGCUUCCUCGUGUGGCCGAUUUAGCAUCACAGUCUGUAGUUCGUAGAACGAAAGUUGCUGCAUGUGAAGUUCUACAUUCAAUGACUAUUUAUGCAAUUGGUAGAAACUCACAACAAGAUGAAACAAUUCAGAAACGAAAUCCUCUCACAGGAGUUUAUGAACAUAUUUUUCCUAUUAUACUCAAACUGGCAUGUGAUGUCGAACAGGUUAGCAAACAAUUAUUUGAGCCACUCUCGAUGCAGAUGAUUCAUUGGUUUACUAAUAACAGGAAAUAUGAAAGUCCUGAUACUGCUGUUCUUCUUAAUUCUAUCAUCAAUGGUUUAAUCGACGAUAGUGAUGGUGCUCUGCGAGAAUUUUGUGGAAGAGCCAUCAAUGAAUUUCUCGUUUGGUCGAUAAAGCAAAAUUCUUCAAUGAACAUAGCUAGGAAAAACGUCAAGUCUUUAUUUAAAAGAUUAUAUGACUUGGCACGACAUCCAUCAGCAAGCAAGAGACUCGGAUCUGCAACAGCAUUUAAUCACCUGUAUCGUGUAUUCAGGGAGCAUGAAACCUUAGUUGAUGAAUUUACAUUUGAAAUCAUGGUGACAUACAUCGAUAGUCUUGCUAUGUCGCACAGAGAUGAGGAAGCAAUUGGAACAAGAAAGGCUUGUUCUGAUGUUCUAAAUCACUUGAAAAGAAUAGUUGUGGAGAAAAAAGAUCUUUUCAACAAAGAAUCCAAAAUAAGAAGAAUUCCUAGUGGAUUUUCUAGCACAACAUCACUUACAAUCGCAAGCAUUGUAGAUUGGCUGAUAAAACAGUGUGGCUGUCCAGAAACAGAGUGUCGUCAUCAAUGCAUGCAGUUAUUUUAUGCAUUUGUACCUCUCGUACCUGGAUCGUUAUCUGCUGGACAAUGGAUGACAAAAUAUCUGAAAAAUAAAGGAAGUGACGCACUAAUUGCUUGCUUUGAAAGCAAGUUUAGAAGUGAUUUUCAUCCACAAACAUUGAAAUGUGAAAAAGGAAAUAAUCCACUUAAAACCGCUUCAAACUGGUUUGAUGUUGUUUUGGCAAGUCUUGAUUGUUACACUUGGAUCUUUCAGCAAAAGUUAUUGACUCCAAAUUUAGCCUUUGGUGACAAUAGUUCUAGGUUGUUUGAAUGCAUCAACUAUAUUCUACACGAUGUUGCAAAAGGAGGAAUAUCCGAAGUUUCAACAGAACCAGAUAUUUUCACACCUCGAGAACAUGAAAUAUUCAAUGAAAAAAAGUGCACAGUACUUGUCAGAAUCCUGCAGUUUACUCACCUUUUAUUGCAGCAAUAUCCAGAAGAUUGUUUCAAGGUUUUUCCUCAAAGUUUUUGGAAGAGUCAAACAUUGUUUGGAACUGUAGCAAGCUGUGUUGUAAAUCCUCUUAUGCUUGGGUUCAACAUUGAAUCAGACAUCAAAAUUGCAGAACAAUUGCCUGUGCUAACUUCUGAUAUUAUUUCAUCUUUGAAUAAGAAACUAUCUGGAGAAAUGAAACAGGAAUUUAUAAAUCAGUUACAAAAAGAAAUAUGCAAUGAUGGAAGCCUGAUCGAUCAAAUUACUCCGUUAUUUGAGAGUUCGAAACAGUUUUCUAAAAUACAUCUAGUCAAUGCUUAUUGUGUUUUACAAAAGAGCGGCGUUCUAGCAGAUGUCUUAGCAAAAACAAAGAUAUCAAGUGCUUUAUCGUUGGCAAAAGAAAUUGUGUAUUUAGUCUUCAAUUCAUUGGUUGAAAAAAAUUUUGAAGAAGGUUCACAGUCGACAAUGAUGUUGCCUGCAAUAUCACAAUCUACAAUAAAGCUUGGAAACAGUUUACUUGAUCUCUCUUUCAAUAUAGGUGUAUCUGCAGACAUGUUGGUUCAAUUCAUGAUGAAUGAAACGUCUCUUUAUUCUGAUACUGGAGUUUUGCUAUUAACAAAACAUGGCCAGGUUUUCUUCUCCACAUAUAAAUCAUCUAUUAUUAGAGAAAUUUGUUCCAAAUCGCCCACAUACAUACCGAUGUUAUGUAAACAUUGCAGAAAAUCUAAGGUAACAUGCGCAAAUAUAUUGAGUGAAGUUUUGGAACAUCUCUUUACCAACCGAUCAUUUCGCAAAAAAUAUUCUGCUGAUCUUUGCAAAAAUAUUUUGGCAGAAUGGGAUGAUAGUUUAUCAUGUUUAUGGAAAUCUUCGAACUCAGAAACGGAAUGUAGUGCAGCACUGGAUAUUUUCAUUAAGAUUGUCACAUUGGACUCUACGGUUUGCAUUGAUCCUCAAAGUUCUGCUUAUGUUGCUGUUUAUGAAAUGGUCUGUCACUUUUUAAAAUCAAUGACGUUGCCACUUUCAUUCAAAACAAAGGUUUUGACUCUCCUCAACUUCUUUGUGAAGUCUGAAGAUAGCAAACGUCAAAGCGAAUUGAAAAGCGUUAUUUCUGAUUUCUGUUCUCUACAUUUCCCAUCACGGUCAAGUGAAUUUACAAAAGGAACAUAUGAAUAUGAUAAUUACAUUGCUGCUUUAAGGAAAUUUUUCCUAUGUUUGGAACUGACAGGCAGUGCAGUGGUCUUAGAAGUUAUUAUUGGUGUCAUGUGUAAAGAAGAACAGCAUGUACUUGAGGAAGAAUUUCAAUCAAGUCUUAGAAAAUGUUUUUCAAAUGUUGAUGAAAGAUUUCAGAAACCCAUUUUGGACGUUCCAUACAAAGUUUUUUCCGAUGCCGAGAGUUUUUAUCCAGUUGCAUUCAGAUGUAGAACAAUUGAUUGUGUUUUGGUCUCUAUGAUGUCACAAUGCUCUUCUAAUGCAACCAAUGAGUUUUUCACUGAUCAUAUUGGGAACAUCAUGCAAUAUCUUGUGGAAGAUAUCCAGCGGUACGUCAAGGAAAAAUGGAAAGAUCAGCUUGCCAUGAAGUCAUGUUGUUACAAAUUGAUUGAAAUUAUGUUUUCAAAUCUUCAAUCUGACGUUAUUAAAAACGAGUCUUCACCUCUCGUUCAAUCGUUUGCUGCUUCAUCUGUGGGUGCUGGGUCGACUAAGUUACUCAAAUUAUUUAUGGGAAGAGUAAUCAGAGAUAAAAAUGAGGAUAUGACUGGAGAAACCGAGCUUUUAGAGGAAAGAAGGAAAUUUCAUUGUUGCGUUUAUAAUGCUGUUAUUGCAGCCGUCAUCUGUACACAAAAUGACAUAAAAUGGUUUGAUGCUUUUCUAUUUUCCGACAACCCUAAAAAGAAAGAAUUCUUGUUUGAUAAUUUAAUCGACAAAAACAAAAAUUAUGUAUUUCCUGUCGAAUCAGAUGAACCGGUGGAAAAGACGAAAAAGUUUGUUAGUAUUAGAAGGUCUAACAGAGAUAUCGCCAAGCUCCAGAAUCCAGAGAAUCAAUCUGUUGCAUAUAUUUCAUUGUUAGCUGGGAGUAGCCUGAGUGAGGAUGUCAACCCAUUUGACAAUAAUUUGUCUUCCACACUAACAGAACGCCCGACUGUUAUGGAAAGCAUUGAGUCAAAUGAAACAUGGACGGAAAAUAUUGUCACAUUGGAGAAUGAUGAACUGAAUGAUCAUGAGUGUAUGGCAAAUAUUAUUUCAUUGAUCAUGCAUAUGCACAAGAAUGCCAUAGGUUUUCCAAAAGUUGACACUGAACUGAAAAGCAAUUCAUCCACCCUUCCUUUACCUAAAUGGUUGAACAUAUUGAUUUCCAAACUAUCUUCUUCUCCCCAUAACAAUGUUAAAUUGUUCAUUGCAAAACUGGUCAUCAAUUGCGAACAUAUUUUUGAACCGUUCGCCUCUCAUUUAAUUGCUCCAAUGCUGAAAGCUGUUCUUUCUCACUUCAAACAUGAAAACAAAGCUGGCGACGCAAACCUUGGUAUGGAUCAGUUUGUUGUGGAUGCAGUCGCAACGAUGCUGUCGUGGUCUCGAACUGCAAUACCUAAGGAUGACAUUGAAGAAAAAAUUCUGACAAGAGCUUUGAUUGAAAAUUUAUUGAAAAACAUUCGACAUGAAAAUCGUUCGGUGUUUCGACGUAAUCUCGAAGUUCUAAAAACAACGAUUGAAUGUUGGAGAAUCAGGGUAUCAGAUAUCAACACUGAUAUUAUAUUUCAUCAAUGUGCAAGCACUGAUAUCAAGUCAAAUGAUAAUUUUCCUGGAUUGCAAGUGCUUGGUGUAUUACUUGCUAAUGAUCUGCCCCCGUACACUCCUUCUAUUGAAGUGGAUAGGAACGUAUUCUUUCGAAGAAUCUUCAAUAAUAUUCUUUCUGCAAGAAAAGAGAUUGUUGAUACAACGUCAGAAGUGAUUGGAAUGUCAUUGAAACAUCUUGCGGAAAAUCAGAAGGAAGUUGAAGGAGAAAUUCAUGACAUUGCUACUGGCAUUCUCGACAAACUGGCAAGUUCAUCUAAGAGUGGUGUUUCUGGAUUUGGCAUAUUUAUCGAUGUUUUACUCAGAGUAUCGAGACAUCAUCCUCCAGCUGCUAAACCAUUCUUUUCUAGAGUUUUAUUCAACCUGCCAAAGUUACCAGGAACUGAGAUGAAGACCAAAUGCAUUGAUAUCUUAUGCUUAAAUGUUGAUGAAAUCAAUGGCUUGUUAGCUGAAUUGAAAGCGAAGGAUUUCAUUAAAAUGCUGGUUCACAGGGACGAAUCAUUACAACAUUCCUGUUUGAAACUAUGUUCCGCGUUGGUUCACAAAUCCAUUACUUGGGAUAAUAAUAUGAACAAGAUGAACAAUGAAGACAUGAUUUACCAUAAACAAUUAGUCGAUUACUUCUUCCCAUCGGUGGAAAAACAUUUUCAAUUCCAUCCAAGUCCGCUGUGUAGACAGGAAAUGUAUGAUUUGGCAAUGCAGAUAUAUGAUAUACAAAACAGGUUUCCUACUGAACAUCAAUCCUCAAACACAAUCAAAACUGCAAAAAUUAUUUUACUACGUGGAUUGAAUGAUACAGAAGUGUUUCUCAGAACACAAGUCAUUAAUUUCUGGUCAGAAGAAAAUGUUGGUUCACAUCAAGUUAGAUUAGCAGCCGAUCCUUCUGGCAAAAUUAACGGAUUACUUGGUGAAUUGUAUCAGAAUGAAGUGGAUGAAGCUGGAUUUCUCGCUAGUUCAUGUAACUUACUUUUACAAGCUGCUUCAAGAAGUCCUGAUUUUGAACGAGCAAUAUUUGAACAUCCGUUGUCUGAAUGUGUUUUUCAGGAUGUAAUUGUCGAUCAUACAUGGCAACACAGACAUUCCACUAUGAAUCCAAUGUUUGUUGAAACAAUUAGUUCAUCCUUUGGCGGUUCUCCUACGUUAUCAAACUCAGCUGCAAACCAACAACCAAAUGCAUUACGAGCUACACAAGUUGAAGCUCAAUUUAGUGCGACUGUUGAUAUGACUGGGAAAAACACUUAUGACUGGAUUUCCAAUAGUAGUGUCGAUACUUUUUCAACAUUGAAUAUGGCUGGUGUCGUUAGUUCCGCUGAUAAUAAAGAAAGUGCUAUAUUAACCAACAGAAGACAAAACAGACAUAGAAGAAAACCUGUUGGACAGGAUUUUGGAAUAUCAAAUUUGAAGUCUCCGAUUGAAGAAGCUGAUGAUAUGCAUAUAGAUAUUGCACGUCUGCGUAGAAAAUUCCAGAAAAAAUCUUCAACUGAUAACUACCACUUUGCCAGAGUUGUGCAGCAGAAAAAUAGGAGAAAACAGGAAGUCAUCAAACGUGAGAAAGCGAAACGUCAACAUUCCGUGCAAUUGUAUCGAACAUACAGAGCUGGUGAACUUCCAGAUAUUCAGAUUCAUCACAGAUCUCUUAUUGCUCCUCUUGCAGCUCUCGCUCAUCUUGAUUUAUUUGUGUCUCAAAGAUUACUCUCUUCUCUUGUUCACGCUGUUAUCGAAGAACAAUCAAAGAAAUCUACGGAAUAUAUCAAGCAGAUUGCUGAAACUCUUGGAAAUGUUUUAGCUUCAUCUGAACAAUGCAAUCCUGCGUUCAUUGCUUUUAUUCUUGAUAUCAUUCAAAGAAAUGCAGCUUCAAUAAAAAUUAAUCCAUCUAUAGUUGCACAUGCUGCUAUCAAGUCAAAUCAACAUUAUUAUGGUGUUCGAGUCAUUGAAGAAUGGCUUCUCUCACAACAAGAACCUGAAGAACCUUCGUCAAAACGUAGAAAAAUGUUGCAGAAAUCAUCUGAUGUUAAUGAAGCUGACGUGGUUUCAUGGAUUGAAUUAGCAAGGUUAUAUAGGAAAGAUCUGGACGUACUUCGUGGAAUUUUUACUGGAACACCUGUUGCAAGAUCUUUAUUUGGUAAUGCAGUUGAAUAUGAAACGCAAUAUGACUAUACUCAAGCGACUAGAGUUUACCAAAAGGCUCUUAUAGAAGAUUUAGAACCAGAACCCAGCGACGUUGAAAAAGAUCUUUGGGAAGAUUGUUUAUUGAAUUGUUUAAUGAAGCUUGGGAAAUGGGAGGAAGUCAAUAAUUUUUGUGAUAAUCAAUGCGACAAUUCGUUGGAAAACUCAUGGACGAACAAAUAUUUUCAGCAAAGAUUUUUGCCAACUUCACUUCAUGCAAAAAUGUUAUUACUUCUUGAUGGAUCGUCAGAAUGCAAAUCUGAAUUGUUAAAUUUUGUUGAAAAUGCCAUCAAACAUGGAGGAGAUCGAAAACAAUUAAUUGAAUCUAGGCAUUCUGAUCAUGUUGCAAUGCUAUAUCUACAUCAGGAGGAUUACAGCCAAGCAAGUUACUACCUUCAGAAAGCAAUGGAUUCUUUCGCUGAGGAAUGGUCGCUUUCUGAUGUACAAACUGACAUAUUGAACAAAGCUGUUCAUUUAUCGGAUAUGGCUGAUUUUAUUGACAUUAUGCAGAAACAUCAAGGUAAACAGUUGCCAGAAACAGAUGUGAAUGAUCUUGUUGAUAAAUGGAAAACGUGUCUUCCUCAUCCUAUACAUGAUUCAAUUAAUGUCUGGAAAGAUAUGGUUGCCCACAGAUCAUACUUCAUUGACCAGCUGCUCAUUAAAUAUUGUUCCUUUGCUGAAGAAUCGAGUCAAGAUGAAUUGAUGUUAUCAGCUGCGUGUAUGAAAGGAUCACUUGCUCGAAAAAAACUUUCUCUAUUACUGAAAUCAGUGGAUGUUGCAUGUUCUCAGAAGCAUUUUUCAAUAGCAAGAAAGUUUCUAAAUGAAGAUGUUGAAAAUGUGAUGAGCUAUAUUCACUCAAUUGACGGAAAAGAUGAAAUGUCUUUGGAAAUCAUGCAACAAUCACAAACAUUAGCAAUGUAUUACAUGAAAUUUGCCUCCCAUGUUUUUACCAUCAGUAAUAAACAAGCAGACCAUGCGAAAGCAUCAAAAGCCAUUCUUCAAGCUACUAAAGUUUUGGUUGAAGAAAUUGAAAAGAAAAAUACUGACCAUGAAAACCUGGCUAAGCUUUAUAUGUUUCUUGGACAAGGAUGUUCUCUUGCUUCUGACAUUGCUGAUAUCAACAGAGAGAAUGAUGCCGUGUUCAGAAAUAUUUUGAAGGUGUUAACAGAUGCCAAUACUUCAGAAACUAAAUUAGUGAAAGAAGGUAUCUUGAAAGAUGAUCUGAGAUAUUACGCUCAGAAAUCUUUAGAGAAAGCGGUCGAUAUAUGUUCUGAAUCUACAGAAAGACAUGAUGCUGCGUCUGAAACAUAUUUUGAAUUUGCUAAAUAUUGUGACAAAGUUUUACAAGAAAUUGAUGAAAAUCAUGGACAGGAGAACCUCACAUUUUCUGACUACAAUGCUCAUGCAAAGAAUAUGGUGAAAUAUAUACUGAUGUCAAUGAGAUAUAAUGAUGGAAAUAUAGGACAAGAAGCUGCAUUAAGAUUUCCUCGCUUGUUGCAAUUAGUCAACCAUUAUUCAGAUGACGUGAAAACAUGCUUUCUACAAGAGUCAUCUCAAGUUCCGACAUGGAUGUUCCUACGUUGGACAAAUCAGAUGAUUGCUUUGUUGGAUAAAACAGAAGCAGAAUCAGUUCAUGAUAUCAUUUCGAAGUUAUCGGAAGAAUAUCCUCAAGCUGUUAUUUAUUCUGUCAAAACUAGUGCACCGGACUUCAUUUUUGAAAGAAACGAAUUGGGGAAAACUAACAGGGAUUUUGUAAAAAGAUUGCAACAAAUGCUCGACACAAGUGUUCCUUUGGUUGAACCAUUCAUAAAGAAUUUAACAAUGCUUUCUAGCCCUGCUCAUAUUUUUAAGGAAUGGCAAGAGGAAACAACACACAUAUUAAAAAGUAAAGAAAAAGGAAAACAGAAAACGAUUUUCACAAAAUACCAGAAUAUGUACAAUGAAAUACUCGCAUGUGGUCAAUCCAUAAAGAUGGAGGAAGACGAUGAACUAUAUGGAACAACAUCAAAUUCUGCGUCCGUUGGUUCAUACAAAAUUAAUUUUGCAAAGAAAUUUCUCAAGAAAGUUGAAAAAGCAUUCGGUGGUUCCACAGGAGGUCAAGGGCUGAUGAAUGAAAAGAAAUUCGUAACAGAAUCGAAAAAUCUUCUGACUGAGAUGAACGAUUAUUGUAAAACACAACGUCCACAGACGCUGAAGGAAUACAGUAAAUGGCUUGCCGAUUUUUCCUCUUUGAACCUUGGAGGAACAGAAUUAGAAAUACCUGGCCAAUACAAUGGAAAUUCCAAGCCCAUCUCAGAACAUCAUGUGAAGAUCAGUGGAUUUGGUGAUUAUGUGCGAGUGAUGUCGUCUCUACAACAACCAAAGAGAAUUACUAUCAAAGCAUCAGAUUCUCAUGAAUACCAGUACUUGGUUAAAGGAAACGAAGAUUUGCGUCAAGACCAAAGGAUUCAGCAAAUCUUUACUUCUAUUAAUUCAAUCCUACAACGUGAUUCGAAUUGUUCAAAACGAAAACUUUUUAUCAAUACAUAUGAGGUCAUUCCAGUAACUUCGAGACUGGGUUUGAUUCAAUGGGUGAAAGACACUGAAACACUACAAGAUAUUAUUUAUGAAGAAGCCAAAUACUUGAAUAAGAGCAGUCUCAUGGAUAAACCUAGUCAAAUAUAUUCCAAAUGGCUCUCCAAAUUUGCAAAAGGUGGAGAUGUUCGCAAAAUGUAUGGAGAGAUGGUUAAACUUGGAAAUUAUACAGAAGCUUCUAAUAAAUACACCGAAGUUGUACACCAGAUACCACAAGGAUUACUAAGAAAUGCAUAUCUUCGACUGAGUUCCUCUCCACAAUCUUUUCUCACUCUUCGUAAAAAGUUCGCAACAAGCUACGGUGCUUUGUGUAUUUCCCACUGGAUUUUAGGAAUCGGCGAUCGUCAUACUUCAAAUUGUAUGAUAUCCACAAAGACUGGAGCUCCUGUUGGAAUUGAUUUUGGACAUGCAUUCGGAACAGCCACUGAGGGCCUACCGAUACCAGAGCUUGUGCCCUUCAGACUUUCACCACAGAUCUGUUAUCUGAUGGCUCCACAUCCUGCUAAACACGGUGAACUAAGACAGAGCAUGGUGUUUUGUAUGUCUGCGCUUCGAUCGGAAAAAGAGACAAUACUUACUAUGCUUGAUGUGUUUCUCAAAGAACCUUCUGUUGACUGGAUGAAAUAUGCAAACAAGGUUGUUCGAGUCCAUGGAUCUGGUGUUACUAAUGUUGAUUACAGUGGUGGAAGUUCUGGGUCUGCUGGUUAUGCGUCGAGCGCAUUAUCUAGCGGCAGUGAUGCCAAGCAGUGGUAUCCUUUGAGAAAGAUAUCCAUCGUAAGAAGGAAGUUAUCGGGGUGUAAACCAUCAAAAAUUACACAAGAUGAACUUCAACACAACUACCAAGUUCCGAAGAAUUAUUUACCGCACUUCAGUGCUCUAGCUGAUGGUCUGCCGAACAAAAAUUUCCGAUCGGCAUUCAAUGAGGAAAAUCUCACAGUAGGCGACCAAGUAGAUUGUCUUAUAGACCAGGCAACUGAUCCGAAUAUUCUUGUUCGAACUUAUAUCGGGUGGAGAUUCUGGAUGUGAGACGUGAAAGGAGGUUCACGCACGGUCAUCCUCUAUAAGUCUAUAAGAACAUAAGUAUAAGUGAAAAAUCAUGAGUUACUGAGUGGUCUCCCUGCACCCACCUCUGAUUUUGAGGUGUGACCUCACACUUUGAUUUUAAAUUGUAUUAGGAUAUCCAAAAUGCUGUUUAUUUGUCCGUGCAGAUUAUCAGUCAAAUACAUAACACAUUUUUUCACUAACCACCUUUAAAAAGAAACACUGGGAAACAGUGUUCACUAUUAGCGCACUUUUUUGCGAAAAUUGCGAAGCACUUUCGCAACUUUUUUUAGGGACUGCGAAAUAGCACUUUUUUCCGAUUUUGAAUGGAAUAAAAAUUCAAAGUUAACAAAUAUUCUCGAGUAUUAAGUUGACAAACAAGUAACAUACUAGUACUUUUGUAACUCAGUUCUGCAUAUCAUAAGGAUAUUUACGGGCAUUCUAACCUAUGAGAUGCAGACAUAUGAGAUAAAGCUUUUGCAUUAAUGGCAAAAUUCUUGUUUUAAAUAUGAUUAUUAUACAAGCACACCGAUUCCGCUUCUCCUGCAAAAACGCUCCGCAUCUUUGAAACCAGAUGUUAGAAUACUAAGCAGUGCCUUUCUUUGAACAAGAGUGGUCAUGUGACUAUCAAUGAUAUCGAUGAAUUCAAAAUGACUAUGAAAGUGUUAGUAAAGUGUUA